CGACUAGGCGGCUCCGGACGGUUCCGGACGGUUCCGGACGGUUCCGGACGAUUCCAACGAUUCCGGACGGCUCCGGACGGCUCCGGGCGGAAUCGUGGUUUUAACCUAGCCGGAAUCGGAGCCGGAGUUGCUAUGCUCGGAAGCGGUUCGGAGCCGUGGGUGCGAUUCCGAGAACCCAUCACUACUGCCAACACCUCACCUACUUUUCUCUAGCUUCCUUUCGAGUUCGUGGUUUAACCUUCGUUUAUGUCUCUUAAUGUUACUUAUUUUAUCGUUUUCCUUCACUCCUGCUUUAUGCUAAUGAUAUGAUUUUAUUAAAGUAAUUGUUACGCAUUAGUGUUAGACAUAUAAUAUAGAGUAGGGAUCAUUGUUAAGACAUUGUUAAGGCAGAUUAAAGAAUUAAGUAAUAAAUAAAAAAAAUAAAUAAUUAUCUCCCAGUCUCGCAAAAUAAAGAUUUCUCUCCCGGUAUAUUGCAGAGCAAAACAACCCCAAAGAUACUUCAUCCGACGCGUCCAUGUUCACGCUGUAGGUACACUUCAUAAGGUUAAUGCAUAAAGAGCCAUGGACGUGCGUCACUAAACGGCUUGCUCUUUUUAUACGCAACCAUCUUAACCGACGACCACUUUAAUCGUCCUUCUAAGUGACAUAAAACAAGAAAUCUAAAUGACUGCUCUAAUCACAAACUACCCUGUAGAACAUGAUCUCACACAGAACGUGUAAAACCAUGAUGCCAGUCUACGUCUGAUGCAUGUUGUACUAAAGUUCCCUUUGAUGUUUCCAUUGCUAUUUUAUCUCGCCUGACUUAUUCCUCCUAUCCAAUGCGUAAAUGCGAUCAUUCCAAGUCCUUCACGUGUAUGUUUGCGUUAAUGGAUUAGGAAGUCGAACAAAAAAAAAACAUUCGCUACAAGUUGAAAAUAUUCUUAAUGGCGUUCUCUUCCACGAACGUGCUGUAAUGCUGUUCCACGAAUGUGUCCGUAUUAGAGAAGAUUGCGGUUCCAGUCGACAGCAGUGCUGCAGUGAAUGUGGAUGUACAACCGUCUCGUAUCAGUUCCGUGCCAAACAAUCUGCCAACGAUGAAAUCCAUCCAGUUUGCAAACGUUGACGAUCAGUAUCGAAAGUAUGCAGGUGAGCUGCUUGCUUCCGAUGUACAAAAAUUACGCGAAUGGGUCAGCAGUCAACCGCAUUUACCACCGGUCACCGAGUUAGAGUUGAUCCUAUUUCUCCACUCAAACUACUACAAUCUGGAAGCGGCACAGCGUACGAUCGAGUGCUACUAUACCUUCCGAUCGAGCUGUAAGAAUCUGUUCGGGAACAGAAAUCUGGAAACAAGUGCGAUACAGAUGGCCAUGGAUGUACUAGACCUUGCCAUCCUCCCGGAGUUGACGCCCGAAGGUUAUAGAGUCAUGCUGGCAAAGAUCGUUGAUCCGGAUGCAAGCAAAUUUUCUCUCAGCUCAUUGCUGACCUUUGCGAUCAUGUGUGUGGAUAUACAACUUUGGGAGGAAGGAUGCAACAAUGGUUCAAUUCUCAUCAUCGACAUGGACGGUAUUCACUUAGGCCACCUGCCCAAGCUCGGCAUAUUUACGCUGAAAGAUCUGCUGUACUUCAUCCAGGAGGGGCUACCAAUACGACUGAAAGGAUUACAUCUGGUCAACGUGGUACCUUUCAUCGAUCGCAUCAUGACCAUGAUCAGACCGUUCAUGAAGAAGGAAUUGCUUGAGAUCUUUCAUUUACACACCAGCAUGCAGACACUUUAUCCGUAUAUUCCACAGCAUCUCCUGCCGUCCGAUUAUGGUGGUGUGGCACGGUCACGGAAAAUACUAAGAGAUAACUUGUACAACCAUACUACCGAAUGUGGAGACUUUCUGGCCAAUUACGAUACGUUAAAGCGCGUGGAUGAAAGCAAACGUAUUGCCAAACAGCGUACAAUGGCUAAUUUGUUCGGGUUGUUCUGAUCUGCAAUUUCUAUCUACGCGCUGUUAUUAAGCCGUUUUGUUUUUUUGUUUUAUUACCUUUACUAAAUCUUUUAUCAAAAAUUUUACUUUUUCGUUUCAUAUUACCUUUUGGCUUUAGUUUUCAUUUUUGUUUGAAGGAUUUCUUUUUUAAUGUUAUUAUAUUAGAUAUUAUGUUUAUCAUAUAUUUUGAGCAUUGAUAGCGUCGUUUAAUAGCGGUUAUUCAAAAGAAAGAAAUUAUUUUCUUAUCAGCCCAACAAAACGGUUUGCCGCCAAAUCGACACGUUCGCCUGAAGGUAUGCAAUAAAAUGUUAUAUCGGUGAUACCCAUAAAAGAAACUCCACUUUUGGUCGGAUAUGUCUCUGUACAAUUUUCUUAAGCAUUAAAUAACCAUCAAGAGCCCUACAUCUUUCUAUUUGAUAAAUUCUUAAUCCUGUAAUAACAUUAAAUUCUAAAUAUUAAUUAGUUAAAUUCCCUU